AUGUCGGACCAAGAUCACACCCAGGACGUACACCACGACGCCGCCGGCCACGAACUCCACCACCAGCCGCCCCAGCCCGACGUCCUCCCCGGCGGCCCCGGGCCUGAUGGCACCGAGAGCCCCGCCUCCACCGCUAAGGAGCGCUCUUCCCUCUCGCUCGACCAGCGCCGCGCCCUCCGCCGCUGGGCCAACGCGCAGACCAUCCGGCCGAGCCACAAGGCCUGCAUCGACUGGUUCUAUAACCAGUACGGCCAGCACAUCUCCCAGUCCACAGUCUCCCACUCCCUGAGUCCCAAGUACUCCCGUCUCGAUGGUGACAACCCCCAGCUGAGCGGCUCACGUCUGCGCUUCGGCAACUGGCCCGAUGUUGAGAAGCUCGUCCUGCGCUGGUAUCAGCAGGUCCAGGCCACCGGCCGCCACCCCACCAACGAAGAGCUCGGCGAGAAGGCCAAGGCCAUCUUCACCGCCCUGCCACGAUACAAGGAAGAGACGCCUCCCGAGUUCUCCCCCGGCUGGAUCCACCGCUUCAAGAAGCGCUAUGGUCUGCUCAUCCGCCGCCAGCGCCGCCAUGGCGACAGUGGCAUCAACCCGGCCGAGGACAUCAGUUACCUCGCCGACUGCGUCCCGCGCCUCAUGGCUCUCUCCGCCGACACCAGCCCCACCGCCAUCCGUGAGGCCAUCCUCCGCUCCAUCGGCGUUGAGACGACCCUGCAAGUCUGCGCCCUCGUGCGCGACGAGGUUCUUCGCCGUCUAAGCGCCGGCACCGGCACUGGCCCCGCGAACCCCAUCUCCCCUUCCUCUGCCGCUGCCGUACAGACGCCCGACCCUCACAGCGCCGACACCAGCAUGGUCCCGCCCCCAGGGACAGACACCCCCAUGUACGGCGACGAAGACCCGGACAUUGUGCUACAGAACGCACUGCGUCAGCUACAGCAGGAAGAGGCCGAGGCUGAGGCCACGGCUGCCGCGGCAAGGGAGGAGCGGGAGCAGCGCGAACGCGCCCAGGGCACCGCCGCCGCUGCCCUCGCGACGCCUGCCAUCCAGAGGGCCACGUCCACCGCCUCGCGCUUCGUCCCCUCGACUCCCGAGCUCAACCUGACGCCCAUCAAGAACGACGAUCCGGUCUCCGCUAACGAGCGCCCCUUGCGCUGCCCCUUUUGCGUAAACCAGAGGAUGCUCCGGACCAUCAAAGAGGCCGUCGAGCACAUGUCCACUCACGUUGUCGUCUGA